AUGCGCGCACGGCACACGCAUUCUGACCUGGUCCGCUGCCGGGUUCGGACGUUUCGUUGCGCACACAUCGCCUGUUCAACGCCCCAAACACUCUCCGCACAAUCAACGUACACACGUCGCCCACGUACUCGCUUUUUCUUUCCCCUCCGCCCGUUUCGGUUUUACCCGGACGAUUCGCCGUCGACAGAUUUUGUUCCGAUUCUCGACGACCAACAAAAACAUAACAGAAACGUGUCAACGGGGAACGAACGAUUGUUGUUGCUCCAUCGUCUGCUCGCACGCGGUUCACGGUUCCUGAUCGUACACAUCGCACGUGGACACACGCGCACGCACACCCCGCACGCACUCACGUACCCAACAGCUUACUUACUCAGCGCUGUUCGCCAGCCAAGUUCAGAAGUCACCGACCGCCGUCAUGGACCUGUUGUGUUGCGAAUCCACGUCCAAGUGUGUCGCUCAGAAGGACCCGGCGCUGUUGCUGGACGACCGCGUCUUCAACACCAUGCUCAAGUCCGAACUGAGAUGCAUGCCGGCUCCCGACUACUUGGUCAACGUCCAGAAAGAUCUUACGCCCAGCCUCAGGAAAAUCGUGGUCGACUGGAUGUGGGAGGUUUGCGAAGAGCAAAAGUGCCAAGAAGACAUUUUUCCAUUGGCCGUCAACUAUUUGGACAGGUUCCUGUCGGUAAAUCCGAUCAACAAAAAUCACCUACAGCUGCUGGGCACUACUUGCCUGUUGGUCAGUUCUAAACUUCGAGAAUCCGACUGCCUCUCCGUAGACCUUUUGGUCAUGUACACGGAUAACACUAUUACUUCUGAAGACUUGUUGAUGUGGGAGCUGCUCUUGUUGAGCAUCUUGAAAUGGGACGUGUCCGCUAUUACAGCUCACGACUUCCUGUGGUAUAUACUUAAAAGACUGAACAUGGACACAGCCAAGCCGUUUGUGGACAUUGUUAUCAAACACUGUGGAACAUUUAUUGGCAUGUGCGCCAGAGACUACAAGUUUUGCUCAUAUCCACCAAGCGUGAUCGCUGGAGCCUCGAUCGCGGCUGCUCUCAACGGACUGGAAUACGCGGCCAUUCAUAAGUACGACUUGUUCACCAAGUUGCACAUCAUAACUGGCUCAAAAGUGGAGGUCUUGAAGACGUGCCAAGAGCUGAUCGAAGCUAUGGUUGACAGUCACAAGAGACAACGCAAGGAGAUCGAGUAUGAGAUGUACGGGAAAGUGUACGACAAGACUGCCGAGUCCGACGACACCACGGACUGUUGGAUUUGAAAUGGUCGUUUAGACUUGCAAAACACACUAAAAAAAAAAAAAAAAAAAAAAAAAAAAAAAAAAAAAAA